CCAGACUCUCUUCCUCCUCCCUCUCCCACUCCCUCGCCACAACAUAUACAUUUUUUCCUUUUCCUUUUUUUCUGAAAUUUCUUGAUUUUUUUCCACAAUUUUGCCCUAUAAAUACCCCUCCAUCCUUAACCAUUAAACCACAGCUCAUGCAGCAAAAGGGUAGAUCCUACAAUCGAAGGUCCAGGACUUUUACAAGAUCCCGAAUCGCCAUUGAGGGUUGUUAGUUUCUCGUUCCCUCAAUUUCCCAAUUUACCUUCCUUUUUAUCCCUUGAAUUCCAUCUUUCUUAGAGGCCCGGAUAAGCAGAACAAUUCAUCUGUGUUUCAACUGCAAUGGCUGCUAUUCAAGAGCAAGAGCGUGAGGUUCAAAAGAGUUACUGGAUUGAGCAUUCUGUGGACCUGACACUGGAAGCCAUGAUGCUUGAUUCCAAAGCAUCUGAUCUUGACAAAGAAGAGAGGCCUGAGGUGCUGUCUCUGCUUCCACCAUAUGAAGGGAAAUCAAUUCUGGAAUUGGGAGCUGGUAUUGGGCGUUUCACUGGUGAAUUAGCUAAAAAAUCUGGGCAACUUAUUGCUCUGGAUUUCAUUGAAACCGUGAUAAAGAAGAAUGAAACCAUCAAUGGACAUCAUAAAAAUGUCAAAUUUCUGUGUGCUGAUGUGACGUCCCGAGACUUGAAUUUUUCUGAAGGAUCCUUAGACUUGAUAUUUUCGAACUGGCUAUUGAUGUAUCUCUCUGAUGAAGAGGUUGAGAAUCUCGUGGAGAGAAUGGUCAGAUGGUUAAAAGUUGGUGGUUACAUAUUUUUCAGAGAAUCAUGCUUCCAUCAGUCUGGCGACCACAAGAGAAAGAGUAACCCUACACAUUACCGUGAACCGAGAUUUUAUACCAAGGUGUUUAAAGAAUGUCAUUUGUAUGACAAUUCUGGAAACUCAUUUGAACUUGCCCUUAUUAGUUGCAAGUGCAUUGGAGCUUAUGUAAGAAACAAAAAGAAUCAGAAUCAGAUUUGCUGGCUUUGGCAAAAAGUCAGGUCAGAUGAUGACAGGGGGUUUCAGAAGUUUUUGGACACAGUCCAAUACAAAAGCAAUGGCAUAUUGCGGUAUGAGCGCGUCUUUGGAGAGGGAUAUGUGAGCACCGGAGGGAUCGAUACAACUAAGGAAUUUGUAGCUAAACUGGACCUUCAGCCUGGCCAGAAAGUCCUAGAUGUCGGGUGUGGCAUUGGAGGAGGUGAUUUCUACAUGGCCGACAAGUAUGAUGUUCAUGUUGUUGGAAUUGAUCUCUCCAUCAAUAUGAUUUCUUUUGCACUUGAGCGUGCAAUUGGUCUCAAGUGUGCUGUUGAGUUUGAGGUUGCCGAUUGUACCAAGAAAGAAUACCCUGAUGGCACAUUUGAUGUCAUCUACAGUCGUGAUACUAUUCUCCACAUUCAAGACAAACCCGCACUGUUUAGAUCAUUCUACAGGUGGUUGAAGCCGGGAGGCAAAGUCCUCAUAAGUGACUACUGCAGAAGUUCUGGAACCCCAUCUGCUGAAUUUGCAGGGUAUAUUAAGCAAAGGGGCUAUGAUCUACACGAUGUAGACACUUAUGGCCAGAUGCUUCGCGAUGCUGGCUUUGCUGAGGUCAUUGCUGAGGAUCGAACUGAACAGUUCAUAAAAGUUCUGGAGAAGGAAUUGGAUGCAGUAGAGAAAGAUAAGGAAACAUUCAUAAGGGACUUCUCUGAGGAAGACUAUAACGACAUAGUUGGAGGCUGGAAAGCUAAGCUUGUGAGGAGUUCAUCUGGCGAGCAGAGGUGGGGUUUGUUUAUUGCCCAGAAAAAGUGAAAUCUUCCAAAAUUGCGAUGUCUUCUACCUGUAGCUCUUUUAUGUAUGUUUUUUAAGUUAAUAAUAGGCUUGGGUACAAUAAAAUCGACUGUUAACAGUUGGGCAACGAUGGGGUUUCUAUGGUAAUCUGUUGGAUCCAUGAGGAUGAGUUGUCGGAUGUGUUUGUAUCUUGAUAUGAGCAGCUGUUUAUCUAUAUAUAUAUUUAACUUGUCUUCUUACAUGGUGCA